CUUACUAGUAUUCAAACUGCGCAGCUAGCUGUCCCGUGAAACCUCAGUAGACAGAUCAAUCUUGAGGCUGGAUCGGAAGGAAGACAGCUAGCUCUGACCGUAGAGUGUUGUGUACAUGGUGUAGGGCCAGCGACAGGUUUGCCUCCAGCCAGUCCAGGGCCACGGAACUAAUACAGUGUACCCACACUCGCUCGAUUUACGGCUGGCUUCUCUCUCCUUCUCAGUACAGUAUUCUGUGUGCCCUUCUGCAUUCGCUUUGUUGUGAGAAGUUUGGAGCAGGAGCGAGACCAAGUAGCCGCGGAGCGCAUCUCUUAGGUACUGAGAGUGGGAACCGCCAAAAUCGGGAGUGGAGCAUCAUCACCUCAGACAGUGCAUCACAAUGCCAGGUGAAUAUAUAAUACUCAGUCUGCUAGUCGCUGUUUGUCUCCUUUCCGGACUCCACUGCGGCACCGAGGCAUAUCCCACGGGGGACUUGCAAGCUCGCUACGAGGCAACGAACAGCCGCUCGGCUGCAGCCCACUACAUGAAAGAAGGUCAGAGCAAGACUGCAUACAGUCAGGAGCGAACCAAUCAGCUCAUCAAGCGCAUAGAAAAGGCCAAUGCAUCAGGAGCCAAGGUGUUGGGUGGACUCACCUGUGUGGCAUGCGAGGUGGCUGCCACAACCCUGCAGGGUCUCAUCCAAACAAAUGCUUCUGAGGAGUUGAUUGUGAAGGUAGCCCUUGACAUCUGUAUUGGCCUGGACGAAGCCGACAGCAGAGUGUGCCAUGGCAUCAUUCCCGAGUUCAAGGACGAGUUUAUUGGCGUCGUUGCUGAAGUGGGCCUUGGUCCCAAAGAACUGUGCGGUGCUUUGCUGGGCAAUAGCUGCGCACAGUUCCAUAACCCGUGGAACGAGAACUGGACCAUACCGCUUCUCAGUACGCCAAAACCAAAGUAUGUGCCACCCCAGCCGCCAAAGAGCGGCUCGCCGGAAACGGUAAUCUUGCACCUGUCGGACAUUCACACGGACAGCAAGUACGCGCCCGGCUCUCUGAACACGUGCAAUGAGCCGCUGUGCUGCCGUGCUUGGUUUGGGCCCGGCACUGCCGGAGACUACGGGGCGUUUAACUGCGACAGCCCGCGCCUGCUCGUCGAGAAUCUGAUGGAGCACGUCAGCAAGACACACACUGAUAUCAAGUACAUUAUCUUCACGGGCGACGUACCCGCUCACAACGUCUGGAACCAGAGCCGCAGCGACAUUGUGGCAGCAAUCGACUUGCUGAGCAGCCUCUUCACGAAGUACUUUCCGAACGUCAAAGUCUACCCAGCCGUCGGAAAUCACGAAAGCGCUCCGGUCAAUAGUUUUCCACCGCCGUACGUCACUGGACAUAACAAUCACAAGUGGCUCCUGGAUACGCUGGCAAAGGACUGGGCAAGAUGGCUUCCAGAGUCAACUCAGGAAACUAUCCGGCUAGGUGGUUUCUACUCGGUGGAACUAGAGACGGGCCUUCGCUUGUUGUCACUGAAUGUGAACUACUGCAAUCCGCUGAAUUGGUGGCUUCUCAUAAAUAACACAGACCCUGUGGGCCAGUUGGCAUGGAUGAGAGAUCAGCUACAAGAUGCCGAGGACAAGAAUGAGAAGGUUUAUAUCAUCGGACACAUCCCACCACGAGGUGGCUGCCUUCAUGCAUGGAGUUGGACGUAUCAUAAAAUCGUGAACAGGUACUCCAACACAAUCCGCAGCCACUUUUUUGGCCACACCCAUACUGAUGAGGUGGCGGUUCUGUACGAUGAUGAGAACAAUAACCCCACGGAGGCAAUCGGCACAUGGUAUAUUGGACCAAGCGUGACACCGUACCUGGGCAGCGGUACGUAUCCGUCAUACAGGAUCUACCAGAAGGAUGGAGAGUACACGGGGAGCAGCCAUGCUGUCUUGGACCAUGCCACGUACAUCCUCAACCUGACCGAAGUCGACAUCACCAAACAGCCCGUUUGGAAGCUCGAGUACACGGCCAAGGAGGCAUACGGCAUGAGCGCGCUGAACCCAGCGGACUGGGAUGCACUCGCCGAGCGCGUGUUGAAGAACGCAUCCGUCGCUCAGCAGUACAACACGUACAGCGUGCACUCGACGCGUAGUGAGCCGUGCGAUGCCGGCUGCCAGAGAGCCACGGCGUGCAGGAUGCGGUCAACGCGGGAUGGCAGCCCGCACUGCGCCGCCGCUGGCAUGCUUCUCACAGACGAGGAGCAAAGACGUUACAAGGAACACGAGGAGGCCACCUUGCGUAAUUGCUGACCUCCAAACAACGUCUGCCCAUCUAUACAAUGAUGAAUCUGUCAUGAUAGUACUAUUAUAACAGAGAUUAUAAUUAUUUCAUGGAUAGUAACCAUGGUAACUAAGUAAGUGUUCCAGUCAAAUAUUCAAUGGUAAUGGGUUAACAAUAUUAAAAUACAUGUAGAACUACAUUUCUUUUGAGACUUUCCUCAUACCUUUUCAUUUGCGACUUUGCGCGUUUUGCAUCUUUUGUAUUUCCCGCGGCGAUGAAGAAAAACCAGAAAACAC